UCUUGGAGUUCAAAGGCCUCUACUGACCUCUACCCAACCUCUCCCUCUCUGCACCCAAGUCCCCACUGCUACAUACAGGACCAAAGGCAGGCAAGGACUAGGAAAAAGGAGAGGAGGCUGGAGACAGGCUGCCAGAGGGCUCAGCUCACUUCCCUGUCCCAACGCUGUCCACCUAUUGCUGUGGCCACAGCAACAGAAGAGACAGAUAGCAGGACAGGAAGUGAGGCCCGGUACCUUGUGGACAGUGGUGUCAUUAGCUGUGACAUCUAAGAUGUCUCGAGAGAUGGAAGAGCUCACCCAAACAAGGUUACAGAAGAUCUGGAUUCCACACAGCAGCGACAGCAGUGGGCUGCAACGGAGGAGGGGCUCAACCAUACCCCAGUUUACCAAUUCCCCCACAAUGGUGAUUAUGGUGGGUUUACCAGCUCGAGGAAAGACUUACAUCUCUACGAAGCUCACCCGAUAUCUGAACUGGAUAGGAACACCAACUAAAGUGUUUAAUUUAGGCCAGUAUCGACGAGAGGCAGUUAGCUACAAGAACUACGAAUUCUUUCUUCCAGACAACAUGGAGGCCCUACUUAUCAGGAAGCGGUGUGCUCUGGCAGCCCUGAAGGAUGUUCAUGAUUAUCUCAGCCGUGAGGAGGGCCACGUUGCGGUUUUUGAUGCCACCAACACUACCAGAGAACGACGGUCACUGAUUUUGCAGUUUGCCAAGGAACAUGGUUACAAGGUGUUUUUCAUUGAGUCCAUCUGUAAUGACCCUGGUAUCAUUGCAGAAAACAUCAAGCAAGUGAAACUCGGCAGCCCUGAUUACAUAGACUGUGACCGAGAAAAGGUUCUGGAAGACUUUCUAAAAAGAAUUGAAUGCUAUGAGCUCAAUUACCAACCCCUGGAUGAUGAACUGGACAGCCACCUGUCCUACAUCAAGAUCUUCGACGUGGGCACACGCUACAUGGUGAACCGAGUGCAGGACCACAUCCAGAGCCGCACAGUAUACUAUCUUAUGAACAUCCACGUCACACCCCGCUCCAUCUACCUAUGCCGGCAUGGUGAGAGUGAACUCAACCUCAGAGGCCGCAUUGGAGGUGACUCUGGCCUCUCAGCUCGGGGCAAGCAGUAUGCUUAUGCCCUGGCCAACUUCAUUCAGUCCCAGGGCAUCAGCUCCCUGAAAGUGUGGACCAGCCACAUGAAGAGGACUAUCCAGACAGCUGAGGCCCUGGGCGUCCCCUAUGAGCAGUGGAAGGCCCUGAAUGAGAUUGAUGCGGGUGUCUGUGAGGAGAUGACCUAUGAAGAAAUCCAGGAACAUUACCCUGAGGAAUUUGCACUACGGGACCAAGAUAAAUAUCGCUACCGCUAUCCCAAGGGAGAGUCCUACGAGGAUCUGGUUCAGCGGCUGGAGCCGGUUAUAAUGGAGCUAGAACGGCAGGAAAAUGUACUGGUGAUCUGCCACCAGGCUGUCAUGCGGUGCCUCCUGGCCUACUUCCUGGAUAAGAGCUCAGAUGAGCUGCCGUAUCUCAAGUGCCCUCUGCACACAGUGCUCAAACUCACACCUGUGGCUUAUGGAUGCAAAGUGGAGUCCAUCUACCUGAAUGUGGAGGCCGUAAACACACACCGAGAGAAGCCUGAGAAUGUGGACAUCACCCGAGAUCCUGAGGAAGCCCUGGACACUGUCCCUGCCCACUACUGAGCUCUCUCCAGGAAGUCAAACUACCUCUUUCCUGACUGUCUUCCACCUUUAGAAGCUUCUAUCCUUGCUCUUCUACACUUAGAAGACUUUGGAUUUGGUCUCACUGGGAGACCCUGCUUCCAAUGAAGAAGCCCUCGGCAGUUCCAAAACAGGUGUCGAUUUCUAGCUACAACCAAGGAGCUGUCUAGCUCUGGAUGAAACUUUUUCCUUAAUUUCCAUUCUCUGGUCAAUGAAAACUUCUCUUACUGCCUCUAAGUGGGGAGAGGUGGUCAUUGUGAGGC